UGGUGGUGACUGUCACAGACAAGCCGGCACUCUCCUGAGCCUUCCUGUGCGCCUGACGGGCCUUGGGGAACAGCCUGAAAGGAGGGAGACAGAGAGCAAGUCCACACCCGGAAAGAACACCCAUCAGUCUUCAGGCUACGUUGCAGCCAGAAAAACAUUCCUCAAUAAGGAGUUGGGCCCUGCCAGAAGCCACGCCCACCUCACGCAGAGCAUGGUGUUCCUUCCACGCUGUGGAGAUGAGGGCUCACCUCCCUGCCGUGCCCAGACCAUGAGGCCACUGCCCUGGAAAGAAGCGGGAGGAAAUAAAAGCAUGUGGACAGGAGAAAUGGGAAGGAAAGGAAGCCACACAGGCAGGCUGCCGGCUCGCCCUGUCUGUGGUCCCCAGUCCAUCCGGAUCCUGACCGGGGGAGCCAGGAAAGACGGACCCAGAGGCCACAAAGACCCCAAGGGUCUCAGCGGCAUACGGACCGCUCCCCCAGACGCGACCUGCGGGAGGCUGUCAGCUGCUAGAAGCCUUGCAUUCCGCUUCGCGUCGUGUCCAGAGCAGGCACAAGGACGUAGCCAUUCCGAAGGGCAGGGCCCCGCCGGUGGAUCCCAGGACCGCGUACCCAGCCCCUCGCAGCCUGUUCUUGUUCUGCAGGAAGUCCGAAGCCUCCCUGCGCCCCGGGACGGCAUGAGGAGGCGCUGUCGAGGCCUGCACAGAGAGCUGGAACGGAAAGGCUGCAGAGGCGGGACUCUGUGGCGGAAGGCCGACGGCUGGGACCGUGGACUUCAGCUCAGUGUGCUGGCAUCCACUCCAAAGACCAGCUCAGGCCCGCUGCAUCUCAGCAGUUAAUUCUAGGAACUCAGGAGCCAGAGCCGGCGUCCGCAGCAGAAGCAGAGGACAGUACAGGGAUCCAAGGCGACCCUUUCUUCUACCACAAAGUCUCAUUGGUGCUUUUCCUUUCCUGUACUCCCAGAUGCCAUCUGGAAAGGGAAAGAGAAGCAGCGUUUACUUAAGACAGACGAGGUUAAGGGUGCCUGGGUGGCUCAGUCGGUUAAGCAUCCAACCUUGGCUCAGGUCAUGAUCUCA